AUGAGCUCGGGCAACAGCGCCUGGUACAACCGCUUCUCGGGGGGACCUGCCAGCCUUCCCGCCCCGGACGCCACCGCGGGGACCAGAAUGGAAACGACCUUCGGGCCCGCCUUUUCAGCUGUCACCACGAUCACCAAAGCGGAUGGCACCAGCACAUACAAACAGCACCGCAGGACGCCCUCCUCCUCCAGCACCCUUGCCUACUCCCCUCGGGAUGAGGAGGACAGCAUGCCGCCCAUCAGCACCCCACGCCGCUCCGACUCUGCCAUCUCCGUCCGCUCCCUGCACUCCGAGUCCAGCAUGUCCCUGCGCUCCACGUUCUCGCUGCCUGAGGAGGAGGAGGAGCCGGAGCCCCUGGUAUUUGCGGAGCAGCUCUCGGUGAAGCUGUGCUGCCAGCUGUGCUGCAGUGUGUUCAAGGACCCUGUGAUCACCACCUGCGGGCAUACGUUCUGUCGAAGAUGUGCCUUGAAGUCAGAGAAGUGUCCCGUGGACAACGCCAAGCUGACCGUGGUGGUGAACAACAUUGCCGUGGCCGAGCAGAUCGGGGAGCUCUCCAUCCACUGCAAGCAUGGCUGCCGGGCAGCAGGGGUCGGGAAGCCCACUGUCUUUGAGGUGGACCCCCGAGGGUGCCCCUUCACCAUUAAGCUCAGUGCCCGGAAGGACCACGAGAGCAGCUGUGACUACAGGCCUGUGCGGUGCCCCAACAACCCCAACUGCCCGCCCCUCCUCAAGAUGAACCUGGAGGCCCACCUCAAGGAGUGCGAGCACAUCAAGUGUCCCCACUCCAAGUACGGGUGCACGUUCAUCGGGAACCAGGACACAUAUGAGACGCACCUGGAGACCUGCCGCUUUGAGGGCCUGAAGGAGUUCCUCCAGCAGACCGACGACCGCUUCCACGAGAUGCACGUGGCCCUGGCCCAGAAGGACCAGGAGAUCGCCUUCUUGCGCUCCAUGCUGGGCAAGCUCUCCGAGAAGAUUGACCAGCUGGAGAAGAGCCUGGAGCUCAAGUUCGAUGUCCUGGACGAAAACCAGAGCAAGCUGAGCGAGGACCUCAUGGAGUUCCGGAGGGACGCGUCCAUGUUGAACGAUGAAUUGUCCCACAUCAAUGCACGGCUGAACAUGGGCAUCCUAGGAUCCUAUGACCCGCAGCAGAUCUUCAAGUGCAAAGGGACCUUUGUGGGCCACCAGGGCCCUGUCUGGUGUCUGUGUGUCUACUCCAUGGGGGACCUGCUCUUCAGUGGCUCUUCCGACAAGACCAUCAAGGUUUGGGACACGUGUACUACCUACAAGUGUCAGAAGACACUGGAGGGCCACGAUGGCAUUGUGCUGGCACUCUGCAUCCAGGGGUGCAAGCUCUACAGCGGCUCAGCAGACUGCACCAUCAUUGUGUGGGAUAUCCAGAACCUGCAGAAAGUGAACACGAUCCGGGCCCAUGACAACCCGGUGUGCACGCUGGUCUCCUCUCACAACAUGCUCUUCAGCGGGUCCCUGAAGGCCAUCAAGGUCUGGGACAUUGUGGGCACUGAGCUGAAGCUGAAGAAGGAGCUGACAGGCCUCAACCAUUGGGUGCGGGCCCUGGUGGCUGCCCAGAGCUACCUGUACAGUGGCUCCUACCAGACAAUCAAGAUCUGGGAUAUCCGGACCCUCGACUGCAUCCACGUCCUACAGACGUCUGGUGGCAGUGUGUACUCCAUCGCCGUGACGAAUCACCACAUUGUCUGUGGCACCUACGAGAACCUCAUCCACGUGUGGGACAUCGAGUCCAAGGAGCAGGUUCGGACCCUGACGGGCCACGUGGGCACUGUGUAUGCCCUGGCGGUCAUCUCUACACCAGACCAGACCAAAGUCUUCAGCGCAUCCUAUGACCGGUCUCUCAGGGUCUGGAGUAUGGACAACAUGAUCUGCACGCAGACCCUGCUGCGUCACCAGGGCAGUGUAACUGCGCUGGCCGUGUCCCGGGGCCGGCUCUUCUCAGGGGCUGUGGACAGCACCGUGAAGGUCAGAGCCUUGGCCGGGGCCAUCCCAAGGGGCUGA